UUUACCCUGUGCUGGAUCCUGAGCUGCGCAGCGCUCCCCCUGGCGGCCGGCGGGGGGAACUGCCGGCGGCCGCGGACCCCUUAUUGAUGACGUGGUGCCGCUUACCUCCAGGGCGAUCCAGGAUGGCUGACGAGAGCAGGCAGAAUAAACUCGCCGCGGCCAAGAAAAAGCUGAAGGAGUUUCAGCAGAAGAACACGCCGGGGCCCGGCGCAGGGGCCAAAAAGAAGAGGAAGGUCAAAGACAACAGCCGACCGGACACCCCCUCCGGCGACGGGCACUCUCCCGAAAACAUUCAGACCCUUCUGAAGGUGCUGGUGUCUGAUCUUAAUCUCUCCAAUGGGGUGGCUCUCCCUCCAUUGGACAAAAGCCAGGCUCUCAGCGAUGCCGAAGCGGGCAGCCCCCCCAGUGGCCGGCCGGCUGCGACCCCCCGUGGGGAGAGCGUCUCUAACACCGUUGGCGUCUCUAACACCGUUGGCGUUACUAACCCGGAGUGCGCCGCCGCCGCCCCCCCUGGCACGCAGAGCCCCAGUACUGAUGCUAAUUGCAAUGAAAAUUCACUUGAGGAAAACAGACCCCUGUCAUCCACAGAAAGCCUGCGCCAGCUGUCCCAACAGCUCAAUGGCCUGCUCUCCCAGUCGCCGUCAUCCUACGUCAACGGGGACAGUGAGCUAACUCCUGGCAGUGAGAAGGAGCUGGAGACACGAAACCAGGAGCUGGCAGCCGCCCUAGACUCCAGCAAUCUAACAAACGCACAACUCAGUGCAAAGCUAGACGAGUUGAAGCAACAAUCGCAGGAGGUUACAGACCAGCUGCAGAAGGAGCGGAAGGAUUUUGAACAGAAGUUCGUCAGGGAGCAGGGAGCCAUGCGAGAGCAGCUGCAGGUGCACAUCCAGACCAUUGGGAUCCUGGUGUCGGAGAAGUCUGAACUGCAGACGGCUCUGUCCUACACACAGCAGGCGGCCAGACAGAAAACAGCGGAAGCAGAAGACUUAAGUAACCGCCUGCAGGCAACCAGGCAGAGAGUGGCAGAGCUGGAGAGGACCCUGUCCACAGUGUCCACACAGCACAAGCAGUUUGAAAAGCAUAAUAAGGAACUGGAAAAGGAAAGGGACAGCUUGAAACUGGAAGUUUACAGAUUGAACAAAGCGAGCGAGGAGGCGAAGCAGCAGAGCUCGGAGCUGUCGGAGCAGCUGAGGCUGAGAGCGGGCGAGAGCUCGGCCAUGAGGCAGGAGCUGGAGGAGCUGCACAAGAAGCUGGAGAUGGCCGACCUCAUGAUCCAACAGUUUUCUAGCCAGUCAGGCCCACCCAGUGCCAACCAGCAGCUCCAGAUGGCCUUGGAGGAGAAGAUGCAAUUGGAGGCUCAGACAUCUCAGCUGAUGGAGUCUGUGCAGCAGCUGAAGACCGAGAGGGAUCAGUAUGCUGCCCAGCUGCAGGAGGAAGGCAAAGUGUGGAAGGAUAGGACUGAGCAGCUGCUCUCCCAGGUGAACUCACUGUCAGAGGAGAAGGAGAGAAGUAUGACUCAGAUCCAGGAGCUGGAGAACUUAGUCAUAGAGCUGAGAAACGCCUCUGCCUUGCUGUCCCAGGAGAGGGAAGACCAGGCUGCCCCCGAGCCCACAGGACCUUCUGAAAAUGAGACUGCCCUGCAGGAGGCUCUCGGCAAGCUGCAGCAGGAGAAGGACGACCUCAGCACACAGUACCAGGCCCAGGUCCGGGACAACGAGCAGCUGAGCCGCCUGUGCCAGGAGCAGGAGGAGCGCCUGCUGGAGCUGGAGCGCACCGUGCAGCGCUUCUCCGAGGACGCGGUGGACCGCCAGCAGAUCCUGGAGAGCAUGCAGAGCGACAAGGCCACCAUCAGCCGCGCCCUGGCGCAGAACCGCGAGCUCAAGGAGCAGCUGGCGGAGCUGCAGAACGGCUUCGUCAAGCUGACCAAUGAGAAUAUGGAGCUGAUGAGCGCGCUGCAGUCUGAGCAGCAUGUCAAGAAGGAGCUGGCCAAGAAGAUGGGGCAGAUGCAGGAGGAGCUGCACCAGUCCAGGGAGGAGCUGGAGGGCAAGACGCAGGAGGCUCGCUCCCUCCUGGAGCAGAGGGACCAGUACCUGGCUCACCUGCAGCAGUACACCGCGGGCUACCAGCAGCUGGUGGCCGAGCGAGAGGAGCUGCACAAGCAGUACCUGCACCAGGUGCAGCUGAUGGAUCGGCUACAGCACGAGGAGGUGCAGGGCAAGGUCCAGCUGGAGCUGAGCCAGAAAGAGCUGGAGCGGGCCAAGAAGCUGACGCAGCUCGCCAAAGACAACGAGAGCUUGAAGACAGAGGUCAAAGAGCUGACGGGACUCGGCACGCAGCCAAGAGAUCAAGGUGAUGGUGUGGAGAGCAAAUCGCCGGCUGAAAGCUUUCAGAAAGCCUCGAUCGCGAUCCCCGAGGAUUUUGACAGCAGGGAAGAAAUGGCUGCCUUUCUGCAGUCGGCGCUGUCGCAGGUGGAGAGAGAGUGGGACGAGGUGAGCAGGCUGUACGAGGAGGAGCAGCGGCUGCACCAGGCCGCUCUCCAGCAGGUGGCAGCACUGAGGAGUGAGCACCAGCACCACAGCACCGCUGCUGCAGGCCCUGCUGGGGACGGCGUGCCAGUUGAAGUACAUGAGGCUCUGAGAGCAGCGAUGGAAAAGCUUCAGUCACGGUUCACAGCGCUGAUGCAGGAGAAGGCAGACCUCAAGGAAAGAGUGGAGGAGCUGGAGCACCGCUGUAUACAGCUGUCUGGAGAAACGGACACCAUAGGGGAGUACAUUGCCUUGUACCAGAGUCAGAGAGCCAUCAUGAAGCAGAGGCACAUGGAGAAGGAGCACUAUAUCAGCAUGUUGGCCAAAGACAAGGAGGAAAUGAAGGCGAAGCUGGCCGAGCUGCAGGACCUUGUGCUGCGCCUGGUGGGAGAGCGGAAUGAGUGGUACAGCAAGUACAUCACCUCGGUUAGCAACCCUGACCUGCUGCCCAGCAGCAGCGUGGAGCCUAGCGCGCCGGCAGAGAGACGCAUAGAGCUCAACGCCACCGACGGGCCAGAAGCGCCGGAGCUGAGCUCCCUGGAGGCGGCGCCGGAGGGCGAUCUGUCCGGGCAGGCGGGGCAGCCCCCCCGGCCCCAGGAGGACGGCACCGCCCGGCAGAUCAUGCAGCUGCUGCAGGAGAUCCAGAAUCCCCAGGCCCGGCCCGCCCCCUUCCUCGGAGACAACCCCUGCAUCCCCUUCUUCUACCGCGCGGACGACAACGACGAGGUCAAGAUCUUGGUGGUCUGAGCCUGCCCUUCCCUGCUGAGGUCAGGUCAGCCCCAGGACGCCACAAGCCCCCCCCCCACGACGUGUCGAUCACACACCGCACCCUGGACGAUCUGGGUCCCAGUAACAGGGCUGCAUGCAGUUAAUCUCGGUGUCCUUCCUGGUUUUUCCCCCAAUUAUUUAUUGUGAAGAAACACUCUUCUUUUGAAAGAUUGGACCAGCUAAUCGCAAAAGGAACUGGUGUUGUCGUCAUGCCCCCUUUCAGCAGCGAACUGGAAAUAUUUUUUACUUCUGUUGAAGGGGAAUAAAAUAUCUUAUCUGCUCCCCCCUUUUGUUGCUGAUCUAAGUGGAGGGGUAAUCAACUGUGGCCUUAAAACUGUCGCGAGGGAGUGCUGGUGGCUCUGCUGUGUUCCGCAGAUACUCACAGCUUGAUAUUACUGAAUCUCCCGUGUUUUUAAUGCCCUGAUUGCAGUGGAUUCGGGAACGGUGGAUGGUUUUGCAGCCCCUUUGAUAUCGGGAGUUGUGGGUGCAAUAAAAAGCAGUAUCAUGACAUACCGCAAUCUCUUAGUUUUAUGAGUGGAUUUGAAAAGGGUGUCAACCCUGGCCUAUAGAAAGACCAUAUCUGCCUCCCGGCAAUGUGCCAUAGGCUUCUGGCCAAUGUAAGUGAAGAUGUUUAGAAAUCGUUGGUGGGUGGCGAGGGGGUGUUCCUAACCCUGCAUACAAAUUUUUUUGCACAAGUAGAAUAGGAGAAAUGCACUUUGUAUUAAAGAAGAGAUCCACAAAGUCUACCUUGAGGUCAUAACACUUAGUGAAAGAAGUUAAUAUACCAGGAAGACUGGAGCUUACCCUUCUUGUUAAGAUUUUGCUUUCUAAGCAGGAAUAAGUGGACUCUUGUGAAACCUCCCAAUUGAGCAGUCUGUUGAUGAUAUUUGUUGAGCAGAAACGUAAGGCAGGAGUUUUAACCUAGAUGUCCCGUUCCGAUUCAAAGUGGCCGGCCUGUGUCAUUCCACCCAUGUCAGCUGUAAAUGUACAUUACUUACCCCGUGUAAUACUAGAGGGGGAGGAGAUCUUUAUAGUAGCAGACAUGGUGAAAAUGGUGUAGGAAACGAUCCAUUUGCGAUCCGAUACGAGGGAAAUGACACGCCAAAGCACAGACUCGAAACUGACUCAGGCAUUUUUGUUCAUGUGCAUGCGAUGUGCAUAUGUAUGCAGCACUGCAUUGUUCUGUUCAGGGAGGAUACAGCACUAAAGGUUGAGUUGAGAUCAUAUCUCAUAAAUGAGAAUGAAUACUAAGAACGAGGCAGAAGAAUUGGAGAGGAUUCUUGAAGCAGCGUGAUCACCUGGGGGCUGGAGGGUCUUGCCAGUUCUCAUGAGUGAGAGCCGAAUGUCUGAGAUGAUGGAGCUUCAUGUCCUUGAAGGACACGGGACAGGGUUAAGGGGAAUCGGUAACCAGAUUGUUCAGUUAAAUGCUGCUGUUAGUUUUUUUUUGGGUGAAGUGUCCUUUAAUGACUAUUCUGUAUAACCUUCCACAUGUCCUUGUCAUUUUAACAGUUUCAGACUGAAAUGGGUGAAUUUUUGCCACCAUUCCUUCAUGGUUAUAGUCAACUAUGAAACUUGGAAAGUCUUGAUAAACUGUCUCAGCAGCUGGGGUGUUUUUCCUGCAUGAAGCUAAAGUUUAUAGGAGAUGAUUGUCAACUGUUUCCCACUGCACUGGGUAUUCUGUCAAUUGUGCAGGAAAAGUGCAUAUAGUGUCGAUCAGGAUUAUAAACUGGACACGUCCUAGAAGGGCAACUUGUUCUGCGGGCUGUGAAUUUUUAAGAAGACAGAACAUGUUUGUUUUGUUUUUUUUACAUCAGCCCCUUUUUGAUAAGAUGAAUGCAUUGGAAUCUCUUUUGCAAAACAGUUCUGGAAGGCCUAGUGUGAAGCUUUAAACUUGAGAAUGCUAAGGAGUUUCUUGCUCAAACGUUGUGUUUGUGUGCUCAAAGAUGUGAUAAAUGUUUCCUUAAGUCCUCUCCCAGAGGGGAAGGAGCUGUGAAAUAUCGUACAUGAUUUUACUUUACAAUAGGCUUAUCCACUCAUAUCAAGCCACAUGUCAUCAAUUUAAAAAGAAAAACCUCAGACUUGUGUUAUUGUCUUUUUGUUCUAUGUUGAGUCCGCAGUGGACAAAGAGCACUCUUGAAUGUUCUUGUCUAUGUAGGGCUUGGGUUUGGAAGUUCUGUUGAGGACAGCCUGAUAUAAAGAGAGGUUGGCAAGCUGCAGACAGAGAAUUCAGUGACCCUCCAAGCCCUUAAGUGAGGCUUGGCCGAGAAUCCUCUGAUACUGAUGAUUUUGUGUUCACCGAGACCAAAAACUGCCCUGGGAAGACGUUAACUUGGAAAUUCAAUUUGACACCUUUACCGAGAUGGAAAUUGGUGUUAAAUCUCCGUGCACAGUCAACAUGAAACUGAUCGGAUAUUCGUUGAAAUGACACUUUUCAAACCAGUCAUAUUUUGCACCUGUCAGGAACAGAUGAACGGCUUUAGGUUUACUCUUUAGUGACAUUAAGCAUGUGUUAUUCAUUUCAGCAAAGGGUCAGCUCUCCGUUUACAAAUGGUCUUUCAGUUUAAGGGUAGUUUUAAAAUCCUGCCCAGUCUCAAAGUGUCCCCAUGAAGACAUGAUAUGGUCUCCCUACAGUACCUCUGAUGGUCUCAGAGGUGUUUUGCGUACGCUGUCCGAUUGUCUCUAGGUAAUUUAAAUAUAACGAGCGAGACGAGGAGAUUGACUUGCAAGAUUGUUUGCUUUGUAAAUGUUAAUUCUUUAUAACUUGAGUCCUCUGAGAUGUGGUUUAUUAAUAAAGAUGUAGGAAUGGUCUACACUGCAUUGGCUUUCAGUGGAGGGGUAUAAGGGCAUUGUCCGAGGACUGAACGUCUCAUUUGUACAUAUAGUUCUGCUUAGACCAAAGAGCACUUUCAGCUUUUUCACAGUAGUUCAUCAAAUUUUUUCUUACUGCAGGGUUUUGUGUUGGUAUUUCAACACAACCAGGUGAUCCUGGAUUUCUAACUGAAGAGCAGUUAAGAUAUUGUGUGACAGCUAACAGCAUAAAAGAAAGCAGCGUGGAAUUCUUAUGGAGUCUAGUUCACUACCAGUGUCACCCAACGCUGCUUUUGUCACAAUGUUCAGACUUGAAAUCUAAAUCUGCUUUACCUGCACUCUGGAAUAUCCAGACAAAGGAGUCUGGUCUGACACUAUCUGGUAUUCUUUCUUCAAAAUAUCUGUAGCAUAAGGUUAUUAAUUCAGUGUAAUAUGGCUUUCCUGUUAGUUGUCCUCCUCUCAUUAGUUUCCUGUUACAGUCUUUCACAAGCCAGCUAGCAAUGGGGAUAACCUGGACAUGGCACCAGAAUUGUGCAUUAUUUAAAAGUCUAAACUGAUUUAAACUGAAAGGAGUUUGAUAUUGAGACGGCCUGAGAUCAUAGCCUUCUGGUUUGAAUGAGUUUCUAACUGUGGCCGACAGACCCCAGAGACGUUGCAUUCCGUGUCACCCUGAAGCGAGUUUUCUUUCGGUGAAGGGUAGAUGGAAUUUAUUCAUGAUUUGUGAAUUUAGACAGCGAAGGAAAAAGAAGUGUUUUGAUUGGUUGUGUACUGCUAAAUCAUAAUCAUUAAAUCCCGAGGUUACACUGUCUCCUUUUGAAUGAACUGGACUAUAUGGGAAGGAGGAGGUUCACCUGCUUGGAUACCGAAGUAGUUAUGCUGAUCACCAUUAGAACACUGUGAGCAGUUUAAAUGGGACUUAAUUUAGGAUCCCCUGAAUUAAAUAAGAAACAAAACCCUGGGCUGUUUCCAUAGAUCCCUUCACCCAGCUUGCUGGCCAUCUCAAGAUGACUGCUCUUCAAGAAACAGUAUUUCAGGAGCCAGAGUUGUAUUUUGUAGAAAUAAACCCAGCUGCUCACCUAGUUGGAAGAUCAAAGUUUGUCUCUUAUUUUUGUUUGAAUCCAUCACUCAGUCGAUCCGGACCGGGUUUCUGCUGUCUCUGCCUUCCCCUCCAGAUUUGUUUCCUAGGGAAUUUGCCAUGCUUUCACUCCUAUUGCAUUUGAAGGACAGCUAUUCUACAACAGGAGUGUCUAAACCUGGUACUUAAUGACUGUAGUAUUUACUGGUUUACCUUCCAGCUGAGCUCUGAAAGCCUAUCGGUCGAUUCAAGUUUAAACAGGUGUGCAGAUCUCGUCUCCCUGGCCUUUGAAACACCACCUAGAGAAUGUGCAGGAUUGUGGCUCUCCAGGACCAGGUCUGGAAUACUCUGGUCCAUUUUUUUAAUGCAGUUUCCACAGUUGCUCACUGCUAGUAAUAUAAUCAGUUCCCACCCAUUUAAUUUGUGUAAAACAAUUUUUUUUUUUGUCGGCAAAAGGGAUACAUUUUUAAAGUUGGUCCAAAUUGGAAAAUCCAAAACGUCCAAACAAAUUAGCUCCUGGUAAGGAACAAACUUGGUUUAAAGAUUUAACACUGUUGCAGAGAACAAUAUGAAUGUUGUCUUUGCCAAGCAAACUGUACUUACGAACACUUAAGAAAACGCUUCCGAAUUACUUUAUCGAACCAGUGGACAUGCUGGGAAUUGAAUGUCACUAAAGAGUAAUCUUUGUAACUCCAGAACAAUCUUUUUGUAAAUCCAAACGCCGAGAAGAAAACACUACGAAAAGUAACGUGCGUACAUCUUAGUAGCUGACCUUAAUACUAAACCCUGUAGCAAUCCUGUUUCGCAAUGUCAGUAAUGAAAGCUUGUAGAACUUCAUCCCUUAUGAAGGAGUGAGAUAAGGCUUGUUAUUUAACUGCUUUAUUCAAAACAUCUCAGUGGGGAAGCUGUAACAUGUUUGUUAUAAAUCAAGGGAGACUAGGACUUGUGGGACAAAAAAGAGGUAGCUGGCUGCUGUGAAUAAUUUUCUAUACUGUGCAUUUCAGUAGCAGUGCUGAACAUCCCUAAAUACUAUAGUUAAGUCAGGAAACUCAACAAGCUUAGCCCGACAGUUCUGGGUUCGGUGACCUGUUAUUUUCUGAGGAGGUGUGCCAUCUUUGAAUGUAACUGUGGGCUUUUCUAGCCCUUCCCUCUGGGGGUAGUUAUUAAAAAUCUGUUCGUUGCGAGGGCCGAGAUGAGGACAAUGUCAUCGCACCCGUCUUCACGAGAAACAAAAAAAAAAACAAACAAACUUGGAAGUGUUUUCCAGCUUCUGAUCUUUUUCUAUCCUGCACAUUUUUUUCCAGGGUUGAGUGUCUGAAUUUGUUGAACGACCAGGAGACAAAAAGUGCAAGUUGAUGUUCUCUGUAAAAGGAACUGUGUACAUACUGUAACUGUGUAACAUAUUGUAUAUUCAUUAAGUAGAUUUAAAACAGAUUGAGUGGGUCUGCAGCCUUUUUUUUUUUUUUUUGCAGCUCUGGCAUUAUUUACCUGUAAAUCUAAUGAAAGGUGUUUGGGGAAUAGUUCAGAUUGAAGUUAACUACAAAUAUUUAUUUGGAAUAAACAUGAAAUGAAUCAGUUUUAAAAUGAAUAUCGAGACAAUACGAACAGCUGCAAUUGUCCUCAGAUUUCUGAUUGUGAUUUAUCCUGUUAGAACCUUUUCCUGAAUAAAAACAACAUGAUUGAGCAAAA